CUGGAGAAUCAUGAAAAACAACCAGAGAUUGAAGCAGAAGAUCCACGGACAGAGUCAGCUCUUCAGACGGAUCUGCUGCAGUCAUGAGUGUCGCUCUUCACUGUGUGUUUCUCUGUGUUUCUCUGGCGCUCGGUGCUUGUUAUGAUUCUCAGGAGAGCCGCGAGUCAUACGAGGUAUUUGUGAAUCCAUAUCAGGCGAAUGCUUUCAUGAGGAGUCCACAAGAUCGCUUCUACAACCAGUACAUCUACAGGAGGAUGAAGUCUCUGGCUGAGCGGCGGGCCGAGAUCUGUGAGGAUUAUUCGCCGUGUCGUCUGUUCGCGCUGCGCUACGGAUCACCGAUGGCCUAUCAAACGUACUUCGGCGCUCAGCAGCUCAAGCCCAACCCACAUCUGCGUCGCUACUGAGCCCCGCCUCCAUGUUUGCAUACGACCAAUCAGCCUCUUCCUUUAAAUAAUGCCUUACAGACCGAUUAAGCCCAGACACCUAUUUACACACAUAUAUAAGUGCUUCUGUGUGUCACGGGUUUGUUACUAACCUCCUCUCGCUCUCUGAUGAUGGGCCAGUUUGCUCAGAUAUUAACACAACUGCGCUUUUGCUCACAUAUUCUCAAUUAUUCAAAGCUAAAAUCACGACGUUGCCUGUAUUUCAUGAUAAUCUGCAUUUCUUAAUUGAUACAAAAAUGAGUUGUCUGAUGAAAACGUUUCCAGACAAGAAAUGAGUGGUUUUAAUUAGAUCACAGAUGUGUUCAUUUGUUAAUCACAAUUAAACUGCUGCAAACCUG